GCCCGAACUAUUUAAAGGAACAUCACGAAUUCCUAUUCAGUUUUGUGCAGCUCUCCCUAAAGCUAACUAGUCCUACACGAUGAAGUUCGAUCAUUGGUGGACAAUUGUGUAUAUCCUCUUCGGGGUGACGUGCUCCAGCGCAAGACUUGUGCUUGUGAAUGUUCUCGCGCAUCACAUGCAGAGUAAUCCCCACGAUAUAAGUACUUUUUUCCCGAGGAUCCCUCCAAUCGAUCCCGAAUUGAUUCCGGAAGGAAUGAACCAGCUGACCAGCUGGGGAAAACAGAAUGCUGUAAAAUUAGGAGUAGCCUUGCGUUUUAGAUACGCCAACCUAAUUUCGCCCCAGAAGAAAUUCAGCAUGCAAUUACCGAAAAACCAAGUACUUUUCCAAUCAGUGGACACCCCGGCUUCAAUCCAAACAUCCCAACUACUAGCACUUGGACUGCUCACGGAGAAUCCCAUCGUUGAUGAAGUAUUCUACUCAUCGACCGAUUUCGUUCUUAAAACAAUGCCCUCCAUCGACAUUGACAUCAAUGUAAAACCACCGGCUGAUGACACCCUGUUCUUCGCCUGGCUCAAAUGUCCUCCGUACAUGAAAAACCUGCACGAGGGAGACGCCAAAACGAUGUUAAAGAUAAGAGAAACUGUACGGGAAACUAAGUUGGAGGAAUUGUCGAUGUAUACGGGAUCUCCAUUCCAGUCAAUCAUGCAUGGCUGCAUACUCUACAACUAUCUUCGUGCAAAGUACUAUGCUGGCUUAUCCAUCGCGCCCUUCACAGAGGAUAUAUUCCCCAACGGAGCUCUGAAGUUCCUCACGCUCAUAGGUUAUAAACAAAUGACCGAAACAGAUCGUAUGAAACGUUUAGUCGGAGGUACCCACAUCAGAUACUUCUUGGAGAACCUCAGGAAUAGCAUCAAGGAGGUUGAGCACAGGAGAUUGUUUAUCUCCGUUGGAGAUGAAGUCACCAUGAUGGGACUUCUAACUGCUCUUCAAGUUUAUUCAUACAACCAUAUUCCUAAUUAUGGCAGUUCUAUUGCAUUGGAGGUGCACGAGAUACAAAAUGAACUGUUUGUCAGGGUGAUGUACAACAAUGACAACUCUGUGACGGCUGCACCGAUUCCGUUGACUAUUCCUGGAUGUCCAGUCGCGUGUCCACUACGGCAGUUUCAGACCAUUUUAUCGAGCACUAUAUUCCAAAAUUUCGAAACAGACUGCUGGCAGGGGUAUAAUAAAGACACACCAGCUGAUAAUAGAGGACAAUUCAGUCAGAAUCGGCCGUCGAAAAAAAAAAGUCCUAAUCAUUCUCCUCCUUUUUCCAUUUAUGAAAAAAUUGAGAGGUACCGGGAAUUUUAGAAGACGAUUUUUGUAAUUUAGUAACUAAUAAUCAACAAGCAAUUUAGAGCACUAUGUAUUUGUAUAUUUGUGACAUAUUGAUGUGAAUAAAAUGUGAUUUUGAUACGUGUAAAAUAA